AUGGGAGAGACCCAACAAAGCCGACGCUGCCGUGUGCUUGCGGGUCCUCAACAACUCGCCUUCCUCAACCUGCAUCCGCUGUUUUCGGGCUCUUGGCCAUUGCGAAAUUGGCAAGUCGUCGCAAACUAUGUCUUCGAGAGGCGACACCGCAGACUGCGCUUUCAGACGUUUCUGAGAGUCAAUAUUUUUUUUGUUUGCAGUAUCAUUCUCUACAUUAAACUCCUGAAUGUGAUAAACGUUGGGUACGGGCGCUUUUGGAGGAUUCCGCCCCUCGAAACGAGCACGAACGGACUGCAAAUUGCCAACCGUCGCUGCGUUUCCUGUUGCGAGGAAUUUUCUAUUAGAUUUCUUAGGUGUGGGGUUCUUUGA